AUGGGUCGUCUGCUCGUUUACGUUGCGCAUGGCGUCGGCCUGAGGUCGCCGCCGCCUCGUCCAUGGCUUCGCCUGCGCCUCCUGUCGCUGCCUCGCCCUCCCACUCCUGACUCCCUCCCCCGCCAUGACUCCUCCAUUGCUCAAGCUUCCACCAACCCCGCAUGGCACCAGACCUUCGAAUUUCAAGUCCCCCAGGGCCUUGAGGCUCAGCUACACAUCACCGUGUGGGACGCGAACUUCACCUUCGGUCUCCCCGAGAGCUUCUUGGGUGAGGUUGUCAUCAACGUCUCCAAGCUCGUUGCCUUCCCCGAUCAUCUCAUCGAACAAGACUUCCCGUUGCGAGCAGGGAAGCAUUUCAAGGGCAGCGGGUCGGUGGUCAGUGGCCUAGUCAAUCUGAGGCUCAUCUAUAAGCCAAACCAAGAGCGAGAGGAGCAGCAGACCCCCACGCCAGCACAGCCCGCUCCUGCAGCCUCCCCCCAACGAUCACUCUCUCCGAGCCCUCCCGAGGAUGCCACACUUGCAGCUUCUCAUCGCAUCAGCUCAGCCACUUCUCCUCUUCCGGACCCUCAGGUGCCCCUGUCCUCGCCCAGCCUACCGCACACUUCUGCUCGCUUUGGUCCUAACGAACCCGAGCCGUCCGUGGGAGCCGUGCAAGCUGCCAGAGAGGCGUUCACGAGAUUGCUGCAGAGUCAGAGAAUGACCAAGGUUCUUCUUGCAUCCAAGGACGGCAUGUUUGUUGGCAGCGUCAACUCCUCGCUCUACAGCAGCUCCAAGUCCUUGAUGGAACAUCUAGAGGGAUCGCAAAGGAGCAACACGAGCAUGCAGCAGACGAUGAGCGAGAGUCUCUCUCUCGGUCCCUCUUCAGAUCUUGCUGGUCUCUCGGAGCUCCACAACCAGCAGGAUGCGCCUGAGGUGCUGGACGCACCCAAGGAAGUUCUGCGAUUCAAGAACUCUCUGCCGCCUGACUUUGAAGUUGGUACGAGUCUGCUAUCUGGAAAAGCAAAAGACCCAGACUCUCCAGCUGAUGUCCAAGGAGAAGCACAAGUCCACCCGGCUGACCCACACGCUGGAAAGGAGGAGAUCAAUCAGCCUCCUUCUCUUCCUUCCCCGCAUUCCAACAACAGCACUCAAGAUAGUUUUGGUUCGCCAGAGAAAGUCAAGUCCGCCAACUCCAAGAACGCGUUAGUUCGCAACGUCUUUCGACACCUAUGGCUGGCUAUUGACUCUGUCUUCAACGAGAUUCUGGAGGCGAAGGAAUCCGAGACAUCCUUAUCCCAGAAAGAAGCGAAGCUCAACUACGCCUUCGAUCUCGUCAACGAAAAGUUUCGCCCUCUCAUCACUCAACACUUCCAGGCCUAUGAGGAUGAAGAACAAAACACGUUAAGCGAGGAGAACUCAUCUGUCCUCUUCGAGAAGAUGUUCCAUGCGGACACUUUGUGUCUCCCUGCCAUGUUCAAGUAUACUGUGUUCCACUGGACCAAGAAGAAGCUUCACAGCAAAGAAACGACGGCUUCGCUCUACCAGGAACUCCUCCUCGCCUAUCGCUCCUCCAGCUCGAUUCGAAAAGCCUCAGCCUUCAAAGUCAUAGACCCAAAGAACUCAGGAAGAAUCGAGCUCGGAAUGCUGCUCGAUGCUUUGACCCUUGGAGGCAGCCCUUUCGACGACAUUUGCUUCAUCCUCCUUGGUUUUCCGCAAACAGCGGCUGUCUUUCAUGAGCUCGGAUUCGAGCUGUCGAACCCUCGAAUCUUCAUGGCACCGCACAGAACUGAGAGCGGGAAGCUGCAAGACAUUGGAGACUUGGACCUGAGCGAGAAUUCAGUGUCUCAAGCUUCUCCUUCCUCCACACUGAAAAAUUCUUCAUUGCUCUCAAACAUCAUAGCGCCUCCCAGGCUGCAAGCAGAGGAAGUGGACGAGCAGCAGCAGCAGCAGCAGCAGCAGCAGCAGCAGCAGCAGCAGCAGCAGCAGCAGCAGCAGCAGCAGCAGCAGCAGCAGCAGCAGCAGCAGCAGCAGCAGCAGCAGCAGCAGCAGCAGCAGCAGCAGCAGCAGCAGCAGCAGCAGCAGCAGCAGCAGCAGCAGCAGCAGUCUUUCGCUCUGCUGAAACAGGAAUAUGGUGACCUGCUUGCGGAGUUGCUGGAGGAUCGCGUGGAAGAGACUUUCCUUCCCAUCCUGCAGUGGAAGAAGCAGCUCCUGCAUGGGUUGGGAGCUCCGUGA